UUUAAUUUAAUAAAUUUGACUUAUUCAAUGGGUCUUUGUAAAUGUCCUAAACGUAAGGUGACCAAUUUAUUUUGUUUCGAGCAUCGAGUAAAUGUUUGCGAAGCUUGUCUUUUGUCGAAUCAUGAAGCUUGUGUUGUUCAAACUUAUCUUUCUUGGUUGACAGACAGCGAUUAUGAUGUUAAUUGUCCUUUGUGUUUUGAGCCUUUAACAAUUCGAGAAACGUUGAGACUUAAAUGUCUACAUCUUUUUCAUUGGGAUUGUUUGGAUGCUCGUGUAAGACAAUUGCCUGACACAACAGCGCCUGCUGGAUAUAAAUGUCCGAGUUGUUUGGAGUGUAUUUUCCCUCGUGAAAACCAGCAAUCUCCAAUUGUGGACCGACUCAUAAAUAAAUUACAAACAGUCAAUUGGGGAAGGAAUGGAUUGGGAAUGUCUUUUUUGCCCGAACUCGAACAAAAAAUCAAAAAUAUUCCAACACCUCCAAAUCAAAAUUUAAAUCCUUCUAUUAUUCACAAUGAAAAUAAUAGUCCAAAUAAUGGAAAUAAUAAUGAUUAUUUAAAUGAAAUGCAAAUUAGCAAUAAUGUUUUUACUGCUCGUUCCAAAUUAUUGCCCGAAUCUAAUACUAAUUCCAAUACUGGUGUAUCAUCAAGUAUUUAUAUUGGAAAUGAAGACGAUUCUAAAUAUGCAAAAAGGGCUGCUUCGGAACAUGGAAUUCGUUAUCGUUAUACUCGUCUACCACGUUCAGUUAAACGAAUUUUAUUAUUUUUAUUUAUUUUGGUUUUUGGUUAUUUUCUUCUUUCAAUAUUUUUGUCUGAUGGAGGGAGUAAUAAAGAAGUAGGAGGAGAACAUUUAAAUAAUUUGCCUGGUUUUGAUGAUCCACAUGCUAAUCCAAAUGUUAAAGUUGGAGGGGGAGAAGAUGUUAGGGGAAGAUAA